GUUUUAUUGAAGCUUUUCUGUUGAAAUUAAGUUACACCCUUUAGUACAAGUAACCUGUUAGAUUAAAUUGUAUUAUAGUUUGCAGUUCAGUGUUCUUAAGUCAAAAUCUUUGUAUUUUUUCAUUGCUUACAGGCUUCGAAAGCAUAUCAGAUAUGUGUUUGUUAUUUCAUGCUUGAAUUUGUUGGUGUUAUUGCAGUUUCCACAGAUUAUACCAUAGUAUUUGCUUUCUAUGUCAAACGGGUGGUUCGUAUGAAUUAUAAUACUUGCUUGUUCAAAUUCCAGGUUAAGAUAUGGCUGACGAUGCCAGCGAUAAUGCACACGAGAAACCCACACAGUUGUUUACAUUGAAGAAAUGGAAUGCAGUGGCGGUGUGGAACUGGGAUGUGGAGUGCGAUACGUGCGCUAUAUGUCGAGUGCAAGUUAUGGAUGCUUGUUUACGUUGCCAAGCGGAUAACAAACAAGACGAAUGCGUUGUAGUUUGGGGCGAAUGCAAUCAUUCAUUCCAUAAUUGCUGCAUGGCUUUAUGGGUGGAACAAAACAACAGGUGUCCAUUGUGCCAGAAAGCAUGGGUGAUCCAGGGCACGGGAAAGUGACCUACAUGUCAUCUGUUAUUAUCACUGUGUUGAAUGCAUUAUGAUGAAACAAUAAGUAUUGUCUUGCUAACAAUCACUUGUUUUAUGGAAUGUUAUUAUAAUAUGUUUGUUAUUAUUUGUGAAUAAAUCAUCUUCUUUAUUGAA